GUCGUCUCUCUGUAAGAAUCCAGUUUAUUUUUUUUUAACACUUGUUUACUGUUUUUUUUUUCCUCCUCUCUGCAACUUUGUCACGGAUCCUUCGAUUUUAUUUUUUUUAUAUAAACCGUAGAAAAAUCUCGUCCCCAGAUAUCUAAUCUCUCUAGGGUUUUAGCUGUGUGGGUUUUUAUUUUGUGUUUCUCACUUUUGUUCUUCUUCUUGUCUCUCUGUCUUAACGAAGAACAGGAACAGUUAAAACUUAGGGCUUCGUGAGAAGAUUUAUGUCGGCUGAGUUUGAAUCAAAAGUUGUGAUUUUGUCCCUGCUUAACAUCUCUUGUCUGAUUUCAUCAUCAUCUUCUUCAACAACUACUCGUUCGAAAUCUUGUCUGGCUGCUCUUCACUUCUGCGUUAAGCAGAGGCUUGUUCUCGAGAGUCCUUCUCUUUCCAUGCGCUUAAGACCCAAAAGGACUUAUUCUGGCGUUGAAGUCUUUGGUGGUUUUCACAUAAAGCAGCAAAAGUUUUCUUUUUUUAUUGUUCGUUGAUAUCUUUUUAUUACAAAACAAGUUUUGAUCUGAAGAGUGUGUCUUUUUUUUUUUUGUGUGGGUGUUUUUGAGGAUUUGGGGUUUUGGAAAUGGUAGGGAUUAGGGAACAACUGUCUUUGAGUUCUACGAAGAAACCAAAGAGAUGCAAUCCUCAAGAAAAAACCCAACAAUCUUUGAGAAAAGUUAGGAUCUUGGUCAACGAUCCUUACGCAACUGACGAUUCAUCAAGCGACGAAGGAGAGACCAAGAUGAGACGCAUCGUCCGUGUUGUUAACUUUCCACCUCUGGUGGAGUCUGCUGCUGCUCCUCGUGUUGAGCCUACUUCUGUGAGUUCUUCUCAGGACAGUACCAAAACCACCAGCAAGAAAGCUGCAGCUGCAGGUGCUUCUCGUCCAAGGCUGUCUAAGAAGCCUGUUGGUGUUAGGCAGAGGAAGUGGGGUAAAUGGGCUGCGGAGAUUAGACAUCCUAUCACCAAGAACAGGACUUGGUUGGGUACUUUUGAGACUGAAGAAGCUGCUCAUCAAGCUUAUAAAGACAAGAGAAAAGAAUAUGACGCACUCCUCGCCACUAGUAAUGAUUCUGCGUCUGUGUCUGAGACUAGUCAAUGCUCUCGCUCUUCACCUCUUGAGCAAGACACUUCAGCUUCAACUCCAGCUCUUAAAGAGGAGAUCAAGAUCACCACUACUACUGCUGGUGUUGAUUCGUCAAGCAAGGAAGUGUUGUUCGGUUUCAACUUUGCUGAACUACCGAUCCCUGAUCUUGGUUUCUUUGCUGAAGAGGGACAAAUGGUGGGUGAUCUUGGUUUCUUUACUGAAGAUCAUGACCAACUAAACUUGGAUUGCUUGUUCACUGAUGAUCAGUUUGAUGACUUCUCUAUGCUCGGGUUCGAAGACAGUGGUCCGAGCGAGCUACCUGACUGGGACUUUCCAGAUGUUGAGUUCGAGUCUAGCUUCUUUUUCGCCGAUCAGCACAUCCCCUUGAAAAGUUUUGUAGCUUAAGUUAAAGAGUGUUUUAUUUUUAGUUUUGUGUUUAUGUUCAGACAUACUAGAAAGUGUGUUCCGGAGAGAAGUAAGAUCUUAAAGACAUAAUUAGCCGGGUUUUGCAAUUUAGUGAGUUUAAUUUUAAAAUUGGUUUAUGUAUGGUACUACAAGACUAAGUGUGACAGUGUUUAUGCUUCAGUUAAUCUCUUAAAUGUGGGUUGUUCAUUGUGCUUU